GUUUUUUUUCGGGUGGGAGCGAUGACAACGAGCACGCAGCCACAAUCGCCGGCGCUUCUUCGUCUCGCUCAUGUCGAGCGGAAAAUCGUCCAGGCCGUGGAGUUUGCUGGAACGGUGAUGGAGGAGCUCGCCAAUGCGGGAGGGCCAAGAAUGGAGUUUGUGACCACACAAUGCCACGAGUUUAUGAAAUCUAUGAAGGACAUUCAAACGGUCCUGCACGAAGAGAUCAAAAGUAUGUGCGAGUACCGCCCUUAUGAGAACUGUGACUACAUUCCUCGGAUGGGUGGAGAAAUCAGUCUAAAGAAGAUCGACUGCGUUCUGGAUGAGCUCCAAAAACUCGAGGACACGAUCAACAAUUAUCAGAGCUCGGGACCAUCCUGACUCCAAUGUGGUUUUUCUCCAUCUCAAAGGUACUGCUGAUUGGCAUUCCUGGAACAAGGUUGGAAACUUUUUGGUAUGGUCUUUUGAGGAUUGUGCCAAGGAUUUUAGCCUGUAGCCACGUGUUGAGCCUGAGUUUCUGAUUCC